UUGUUUUAUUUUUCUUUUGCUCCUGCAGAUAUUUCAAAAACAUUUGAAAAAUCAAACGCACACCAAGAAAUGGGUUGUUGCAUCAGCAAAUUCUCUCCAAAGACAGAAGAUUUCAAGAAAGGUGAAGAACCUCAAGAGAAGUACUGUUAUGCUCCAGAGAAGCUGUUCAUGUCUCGUUGUCCAAGUCGAGUUUCUCCACUUGUUGUUCCCGACAAGAACCGGUUUAACCCCAUCCCUGUCCCGGAUAAGUUUAUCCAUAUCUCAGAUAAACUUCCUCCUCCUUCUCCUCAUGUUAAGUUGGCAUCUUUGUCUCCCACCAUCCAACCUUCCACCACAAGCAACUCUUCUCUGACCUCAUCAAGCUCGUCACUUUCUACGGCCUCUUCACUCUCUUUGUCAAAGGAAAGAUGUUUCUCUAACGACUUCCUGCGUGCUUGUUACCAAGAGAACUCACAUGUUGCUCGGAUCAGUUCCUUACGAGAAGCUUCUCUUUCUCUGAAAAACGCAAAAACAGGGAAUCCUAACCGGUCUAAUUCCCCGGUUAAGCCAAACCGGUAUUCAACAACACCAAACAGAGCAAAUGCAACUCCAGAAAGAGUAAUAUAUGGUUCAAAGAGAACCAGAGAGCCAUCUCCUAAUCACCGUGCGUUGACGCGACAAAAGAGCUUCCGUAAAGAUCAAGAAACGUUUGCUAUGUGUUCAUCAAAUUCUUUAACCAAGGGAAAGUUCUUGAAGUCACCAUCUCCAAGCAGGAGAUUUGAAAGAUGCUCGCCAUCUCCAAGCAGGAGAUUUGGUAUGGCAGAGGGAGACUUGAAGGUAACUUCACUCUCUACUAGUUUAAGGAAAGAUAGCUUAGAUCUAUCUCGUCUCAAGACUUUUCCUAAGAACAACAGAUCAGAGACUAGGAUUCAUCGUAUAAGUUCUAAGAUCAACACAACCACUAUCAAAGAAGUAGUUGAAAGCCACGUGGAACCUGUUGUUCCAAUGCUUGAAGAGAUUGGUAAUCCAUUGAUUGAUUUGGAUUGCUUCAUCUUUCUGUAAGGAUUCAGUUUUUCUUUUGUUUUUUUUUUUAUGUUGAAGAUGUGUUUGUGUGCACAGUACAGAUAGGUUCUGUAUUUGUAUUUUACUUCAGGUGGUUUGUGAUGAUCAAUUAGAUCAAAAGUCUCAUACUUACUUUUUAUUUGUUUGUUUUGAGAUCUACUUACUUUUGUAUGGAUUUGAAAUAGUUUGGACUGAACACAGCUAAAGGAGCUUAUUAUUGUAAUGAU